AGUGGAUGCGUUGAAACAUUAUCCACCUCUAGCCGUGAUUAUCUAAACAUUUUUUUAUGUUAAAAUGAAUAUUAACGUUAGAAUUCUAACUAAAAGUGUGUCACAGCAAUAUGCAUUCAAGCGAAUUGUCACAUUUUCCACUAAACCGACACAGCAGGCUGCCGUGGCCGCAGUGCCGCAACAGCAAGAAGUGACGGGACCAUCAGUACGCAAACCCAUUGUGCCGGCACACUAUCGUUUUGUCUAUCCCGAGUUUCUGCCAGAUCCCAAAAUUGAAUGGCGCAAUGCAAUUCGCGAAAAACUAGAGCGGCUUGACAUGCUCGAUCGUCGCCGCCAAAUUGAGCUACCUGAGUUUUAUGUGGGAUCUAUUCUUGCUGUUACUAGCUCCGAUCCCCAUGCGGCUGGCAAGACAAGUCGCUUUGUGGGCAUUUGCAUACAUCGUGAACGCUGCGGACUGCGCGCACGCUUCAUUCUUCGUAACGUGAUCGACCAUCAGGGCAUAGAGGUGGUUUAUGAACUGUAUGAUCCAACCAUACAGAAAGUAGAGGUUUUGCGGCUAGAGAAACGUCUCGACGAUAGUCUGUUCUAUUUACGUGAUGCACUGCCUGAGUUUAGCACAUUUGAUGAAAACAUGGAAGCGGAGCCUUUGGAGGAAGGAGCUCCUGUGCCUAUCAACGAUAUUAAAGUAGUUCUGCGUCCACGACCAUGGCUAGAACGAUGGGAACGACAAAACCUCCUUGGCGUGGCAAACAUUGAGCAAUAUAUAAAGGACAAGCAUCGGAAGUCAGCCGAAAAAGUACAGAAGCCUUGGGAAAAAUUCGACUUGAUGAAGCAAUACCGCGCCACCAUCCCAGAGGAGGAGCAAAAGGAGAUCUUCGCUGAGGUUCACACCGAAUUGCACACCUUGGAGCUCCAGCGCAAACGUAACAAAAGGAAACGUACCUUUGUUAAACCCAAACACCUGGCAUAGAUCAUCCAAAGUACUGCAUUUGUUAUUCUACCUUGUAAACCAAUAGAGCCUAAAACAAACAAAAUUGAGA